AUGGCUGAUCCUCUAGUUGCUAGGUGCAUUUACUCUGGCAAAGGUCAUAUGAUUCCUUUGAAUCAAUGUAUGAGCUACUCUGAGUUGUAUGAAGACAUUUUCCGUACAUUCCAGUUUUUGCCAAGUGAUGUUGUUGAGCUUCAGUAUUCAGUUCCUGUUUCAUGGUGUUGCCGAUCUCGUAAGAAGCUCAGGAAGUAUGCAAUUGCAGUUGGUUUCGAGUUUGUAUUCCUGAGAAAUGAUGUGGACCGUAUUCAUGCAGUCUGUGCAAAUGUUGGAACUGAAGGUUGUGAUUGGCAUCUUCGCGCUCUUUCAUCAUCUGCCAAUGGUUGCCUUUAUAUAAGGGAGUUGAAUAAUAUUCACACUUGCAAGGGUGUAGUUAGGACUCAAAAACACAAGCUUUUGGGAUCCAAGGUUGUCAAGGCUUGCAUUGAUGCUGAUGUUAGCUAUAAUCUUUCAUUGAAGCCAAAGGAGAUUAUGAGCAAGUUUAAAUCAACAUAUGGGUUUGAUAUUUCCUACAAGGUUGCCUUGAAAGCAAAGCAUAGGGCUAAGGAAGCGAUUUAUGGUUCCGAAGCAGAUUCAUUCAGCAAGUUAUCUUGGUAUAAGGAAGCUGUUUUGGAAAGAUUCCAAUUCUGUUUGCCUAUGUUGUAUGUUGAUGGAACAUUUGGUAAAAGCAUUUACAGGGGUCAGAUUCUUUCUGCAACUGGAAGGAAUGGAAAUCAAGAUGCAAAUUGGACAUUCUUUUUCAAGCAGUUGAAGAGUUUGCUUGAACCUCAGGGAAGAGUCAUCACAUUUAUUAGUGAUCGAGGUACUGGUUUGUUGAGUGCUUUCGAUAAGGUAUUUGCUGGUAAUCCUCAUCUGUUUUGUUACAAGCAUUUGGCGGCGAACCUUGCAGGUAAAUAUAGGGGUAAAGAUAAUUCUGUCUUGAUAGAAGGUGUUAAGCAGAAGUUUUUUAAGGUUGCCUAUUCCUCUACUGAGAAGGAAUACAGUUUCAAUUUGCGAUUGCUUAGAGCGGCUGGUGGUGCGGAUAUUAUUGACUUUUUUCUUGCUGAAAUCCCUGUGGAAAAUUGGUGCCGUGCAUUUUAUACUAGAUGCCGUUAUGGAAUUAUGGCUAAUGGGAUUGCUGAAUCAUUUAACUCUUGGAUUGCAAUUGAGCGUUUGAUGCCAGUCUAUUGUAUGUUGGAUCAGACCAGAAUUAAACAAAUGGAGAUGGCGGGUCAAAGGAGAGAUGAGGCACAACGUUGGACCACAGAACUAACUCCCAAAAUGGAGGAAAGAUCAAUUGUUUUCCUUGUCGCAGAUCAAUUUUUUUCUUGUCCUCACGGCCUUGCUUCAAUACAAGCUACGUCUUCCAAUGUAUAUGAUUAUAUUGAUAAGUACUUUCGUAUUGAUAUGUUCAAGAAGAGCUACAGUUUUCCUAUCCUGCCGAUAACCAAUGUUGAUAUGUCUUCUUCUGAAUCUGCUACUGAAUGUAUAUUACCUCCCCUUGCGAAGAGGCCACCCGGAAGGCCUAGGGUGAAGCAGUUCAAGUCGGUUGGAGAGGUUGAAAAGAAGCUGAUUCGUUGUGGCCGUUGUGGCAAAAUGAGCACUCAUAACAAGUUGAGAUGUACUGAACCUCUCGUUCAGCAGUAG